AUGAUUCAAGUCAUUACAAUAAACCUCGGGUCAUUAAGGACUGACCUGAGGAACACACACACACACACACACACACACACACACACACACACACACACACACACAUGUACAAACGAACACACAAUGUCGAGGGGUAUUUAUGGACGUCAAGCCAACAAGCACUUCACAGGCUCUCAAGGCGGUCUCGGGUCAAGAGGUCUCCUGUUCUUGUUUCCCGUAAACAUGAGGACCCCUGUACACCCCUGUAUCAAAUGUUCAUGGUGUAAUAAUUACUUCCCGUUGUCCGCACUCGUAGCUCAUAGGGCGGCCUGCCUUCCAGAGGGCCUUGGGACUGGAUCGAAAGAUAUAUCUACUAGAAACAAUGAAGAGACGUCGUCGACUAGCUCUGAUCGAUCAGAUGUCGGUUUCUCUCAACCAGACCCCAGCGAUAUUGGAAGUUGUUCUCCACGGGCGGGUCUCAGCGACGAAGCCAGUCAAAACCAAAGGACUAUCUCCGAAGAAGGCGGGUCUGGUAGGCUCAGCCAUUGGCCCUCCUCUUCAACGAUCGGUAGUGGACGAAAACGAAAACAAGCGAAUACAGGAACAAACGACACCUGCAGGAAAAAGCAAGCCCGUCGUGAGGGAUUCUCCCAUCCAAACAGUUCUCCACAGCCAGGACCCAGCGGUUAUAACCCGGGACGGCCGACAACAACACCCUCACCAACACCAGGUGAAAUAAGCCAACAUUUCAACGGGGCCUUAACAACGAUCGACGUGCCCGUCCCACCAGCAGACAACGGCGACAUUGCAUCAUAUUUCAACAACAACACUGGCCGUCUUCGCGAGGCAGUAGAGUCUGUAUUCCAAGGCUGCCAGCAGGUUAGACCUCCUUCUUUUAAAGUGUACGUUGACAUGCAUCUGCGCUUAGUCAGAGAAGACCCCGACGGUGGAGUUCAAUAUAGAGAUAUGUAUAUGAGAAGUCAUAUGCAGGUAAUUAGCUAUGGCGAUAUGGAUUCAUAUGUACGUGAACUAUCCGAAUAUUUUGUUAAUCGGUUUGAACAUGACAUGUCGGACGAAGAGGGCAGUGGAUUUACGUUAGAUGAAAUAGUUAGCGUAAAAUUUUCCUUCUCUCUUAUAAUGCUGCACAAUAGUAUUGGAGAGUAUGUGCCCUAUCCUAAAGGUUCCAGGAAAACACAACUGCUCCCUGCCCACCGGGGGCUGUCCGGUUGCCAGCAUGCCGUCCUGCACGAACGUGCGCUCGGCGCCCGAGUCCACCGUCAGGUAGCAAGAAUUCCCAUCCACUUGCCCACCCACCUGAACGGUCCGGGCAUCCUCAGCGCGGCAACUUAG